UUUUAUUCUAUAUAAAUAGCCAUCGGUUGUUGAUCGACUGGUAUCAGUUCACGGUUCAACCGCAUUGAAUCCAAUAACACCCGGCUCUGCUCGUACGUAAGUGAAACCGACUUAGCAACAAUCAACAUGUACGCCAAAGUUCAGAUUUGCCUGGUUUUGUGUGCUUUCGCCAGCUUCGUAUCGGCCGGAGUUCUACCGCUGGCCGCAGCUCCACUGGCCGCAACCGGAGUGAUUGCACCGUACGCCACGUCCUACAAUGCCCACACCGUGAACCACAACAUUGCGGCUCCUUACGUGGCGGCGGCUGCUCCGGUCGUUGCCAGAUACGCAGCGGCAGCGCCGGCGGUGAUCCCAGCAGCAGCAGCCUUAGCCGCCGCUCCAGCGUUCGCGGCCUACAGUGCGGCUCCCCUGGGAUAUCCAUAUCUGUUCUAGCCCACCUUCCUGGGGGACGACAAGCGAAGAUGAUGAUGAUGAACGACAAUGUGAUCUAGUCAAUUUUGACUCAUGUUACCUACGUGUGCAAUAGUUGAGAAUAAAAUUGUUGACGUGUGUUGAA